AUGGCAGACAGAGGUCCAGGUGGCCCGCUGCUUGGACGUGCUGCUGGGCUAAUGGCCUUGACCCAAAACUUCAAGCAGCAUACCAGGAUUCCUGGCUGUAGCGGCCUGCGCCUUUGCACAGCUGCUCGAGGCUUCGAGGGUGAUGAUCCUCUCUGGAGUGAGGUGAGUCAUGUGAUGUGGGCAGGCCUCCUUUUGGAGGGUCAUGCUGGCCGCAGUGUCAUGGAGGUGCUGGCUCUCUCGGAGUGGCCCUUGACCGAGCUACUUCUCCAAGCAGCAGCACCGCAUGGAAAGCUCUCGGAGAGCUCUUCGGAUUUCCAACGCUCGGUGCAGGAAGGCAUUGCCUUUGGCGCUUGCUCCUGCGAUUUGAGCCUUUGGGCUCCAAGUGAGGCCCGGGCAGUGGCCGCAGCACAGCUGGUUUUGGAGGAGAUCAACACGGUGGUGACCCAGAUCAGUGUGGAUCUGGAGCAGAUCUAUGAGGCCCUUCGGUCUGUGAGAGCCCAACGAGCUUGUGACGGCUGGAACUGGGAUGCAAGGCUCCUAACAGCCAGCAGUUUGCUCGAAGCCUUGGACUGGCAAGAGGAUUUGCUUCGUCUGGUCGAUGCGGAGCUUUCGGCAUGGGACCCGCAGAUCUGCCUCCCCGGGGUGGUGGCUUUGGGCUUGGUUUGUUCAGCCCGUGAGCUGGUUCUGAAUCACCCUUCCCGCGCAUGGGAGUGGUCCACGGCCAGCCUGGAAAUCGCGUCACCUCUGGCUGGCUGUGUCGAUCGAGGAGAGGCUUCAGGCCCCCGCAGCAUGGACGAAGUGCAGGCUUUGCACUUGGCCUUCCUUUUCUUCUGGCCGCACCUGGCGCCGUGGGCCAUGCAUCCGGACGAAUUUCUGUUGCAGGUCCACAGCUCCAUCUUGUUUGAUGGCCGUUGGUGGCGGGGUCGAGCCUUCGAGAAGCGGGAUGCUUCAGAGGCGUCCUUGUCCAGGAGGUCGACCACCGCUCCGGCACCAUGUCUGGGCGUCUGGGACCUCUCAGCAGAACAUCCAUGCCAUCAGGUGCAGCGAGGUCCCAGCUUCACCGAACAUGUGGAGGAUGGGCUGGUCCGCACACGGGUGCUGGGCGUUGGCUUGAUGAAGGCUGGGACGACCGCGAUUUGGCAAGCACUUGGGGCUGCCAUGAACUUUUCAAUGGGGAUGGAUUGCGAAGCACUCUCAGAGGAGGAGGAGGCUGUUCUCUGA